AUGUCAUCUGACGCGGAAAGAGAUGAAUUGAGGCCGAGCAAUCUGGUAGAUGCAAUCAAGCAUCUAGAAGCAGUUGCUGUCGUGCCGCCGAGACAGCGUUAUACGGACGCCGGACAGUUGGCGAAGCAAAUAGCGGAAUUCGCGUAUGAGAGCGGGAUUCCCCAGGCUGCUCUCGAGCGUCUGUUGAAGCUCCUUACGAGACCCAACCAUUUAGACCAGGGCACAAUCACCACUUUGAUCAAAAACCUAUAUCCGUCUGAAAGGGUAACGUCCAAGUUGAUCACGCAGGUCGUAUGCUGUCUCGGUCCGACGAAGAAUAAGCCGAGUCCAGCUACGCAGGCUCUGUUGUUACGAUGGCUAAUUCUCGUGCAUGAUUUUCUUGACGACCGGUCCCAUUUGUCAAAACUUUACGCUGUACUCUUCAAUCAUCUUGAUAUGAUCAGCCUGCGAAAACAGCUUUGCCACGUUCUCUCCUUCAUUACCAGGCGAAAGCAUGUCAAGCCCUACAGGAUCCAGGCCCUGAUGGAACUGGUUGGCAGUUCUGGUGGUGAAGACAGGGAGCUCAUUUCUCUCCUAAGGGUCUUCAAGAACUAUUACCCCGAUGUCAUUGUCGGUGAUCCUGGUAGGAAGGGCCUAUUCUUCAAGCACCCGGAUCCCGAAUGGACGAGCCACGCACGGCAAAUCCAGGAAAUGAACAUAGAGCGAACUCAGGGCAUGGGAUCUACCAGCUUCCAGGUGGUACACCGUGGCCUUGUGAAGAGAAGCAAGGUGGAGACUGUCGUUCCUGAUGUACAGACUUCUCGAGUUGCUCAGAACCGCAUCUCGUUGGAGGAGCUACGCAAUUUUGACCACUUUAUUGAGAAACUUGACAAGGUUGAGCUGCCCAAUCAGAUCAUCUCUACCAUCGCGGACGGACUGGCUCAGAAGUACCUCUUCCUAGCUCAACCCGAAAUUGCAAACCGUCGUCUUAACGAUUGGUUGCAAGCUUUCUUGAGUGAUCAUAUGGAGUACGCCCAAGGUCUUGAUGAUGAAGGCGUUGAGACUCUAGGCUAUGUCCUGAAUGUCGCGGUCAAUUACGCACAGUAUACGAAGACUAUCCCCGAGGCCUUCCUAUCCUUCUUAAAGUCUUAUCUCCCGGUUUGGAACGGUCUUGAUAACAGACAGUCAAUACUAGACUUGCUUGAGUAUCUCCCUGUCAGGGACUAUGACGCCUUGCGGAGCGAGAUCUUCGCGCCUCUCGAGGAUGCAUUUCUGGAAGACACGGCAUCUUCUAAGGCGACUCUGAUUGAAUUUUACUCUGUCCUUAUCCGCCAAUGGGGCGUCAAACUGAGGACGGAGCCGUACACCAUUGAACAGUCACAACGUUUGAAACGUCUUGUCUUACACGCUGAACUGUUGGCCUCCUCUAUCCUAGAGAGCCCACUCGAGCAGCCUUCGGACGUGGAUUGGAGCUAUAGACCGAGUACGCUCUCCGUCUUAGGCUUUUACUACACAUUGGCAGACUUGUUCUCCCACGCGCCUACAAAUGGGAACAUUCAACUCACCGUUCCUCUUGCGCCGUCAGUCUACACCCUCAUCUUCACCCCGGUGAGUUUCGUCAUCUCCAGCAUGAGCUCGAUACUCUGCAGCUACAAAACCUCUUUUGAGGUGUCUAUGAAUUCGGAGACACUCCAGUCCAAAGACCCUCUCUGGACAGAGAAGCUCGUGCCUCAGUUCAACGGAUAUAUCAUGGACAUCUGCAACCUCGUAUGGCGGAAUCGAGCCCUUAACUCAGACGAUCCAAACGCCCUGGGCUGCCUGAUACCGCCAGCUACAAUAACCGCGUUGACGCAGUAUCUCCGUGAAGUUAACGACAAAGCCCGAAAAAAAAACCGCGAGUCAGCUUUCGCCUACACCACUGGGUCAUUGUUCUCAUUGAGCCAUCAUGCCGCGCUGUGCAAUAUGUCUGCCUCUUACUUUGCUGAUAUCGAGAGGGAAAAUAAUUUGGGAGAGGCUCAACCGAAGUUACGGAAGCCUGUGACGCAGAGAGCUUUGAGUGCGCUGGAGAAGGACGGAGGGAUUCAGAUGACCUGGCAGGACUACAGAGUGCGGAUGCUUGACUGGAUGGAUUCCGCAGGAAGCACCGGUAUUGGGAACUUGAUGCGCGCCACCAUGAAAGCCCUUCGAAAGGAGUAA